AUGGCUGUAAAUAUACCUGCAGAGCCUACAUGCGCGCACACGCUGCCACCGGGCCCUGAAAGACUCAGACAAGUGGGAAAGACAGCUGCAGAGCUCCUGCGAGAGGACGACGAUAGGGAAGCAACCGAACUAUCGAUCCUUCCACCGGCGCAUCGCACCAACAUUCAUCAAAGGGGAACCAAUGAUCUGAAUUGGAUUUUAAGGCCCCAGCUCGUACGCUCGCAGACGGCUGAGGAAAUUGAAGAGGAUGAAACGCUACGCCGUGCAGGCUUCCAACCAAGCCGGUACAAAUUCGUGAGGACGCCGAGGAAAUGGUACCACCCAAUAUUUAGCUGGUGGGGUAACCAUGUGAGCGUCAAGAUUGAUAUCGCAAAACGGAGAGACCAUUUGGCCCUGGAGCGCACGUUUUUGGGCUACCUGCGAACAUCUACGGCACUGGCGAUGUUGGGCGUUGUGAUUGCCCAGCUCUUUCAGCUGCAGCAUAGUCCCAAUGCAAGUCCAACAUUUGGGUAUCUUGUAACAGGAAAACCUCUGGCAGGAUGCUUCAUAGCGUCCAGUAUUGUUGUCCUGCUCGUGGGCGCGAUACGGUUCUGGAGGCAGCAAGCUGCAAUGGUAAGGGGGAAGAUUUGGGCAGGUGGAUGGGAGAUAUAUCUGAUCAUGGCUCUAAGCCUCGCGCUCUGUGUCACGGUUUUUGCGAUCACCGUGGGUGUAUCUAUCAAGCAUGAUGCUGACGGCCGAUGA